AUGGCGUCCGCUACCUUGAUGUUGCAGCGGGAGAGGCACCACACUCCCGCCAGCACUCUUGCUUUUCUUGCGUCCUCUUCCCUUCUUUAUCCUGUGGUUAUAUCCUCAUGCCCCUAUGUGGCCCUUUAAUGCAUUAAUAACUAUUCCACACCACGGCCUGCAAUCAAGUGCUACUCGCGAAGAGCAUCCCUAGUGAACCCCUGCCUGCCCUCAGAUGACUGCCCCUUCAACGCCGCGCCAGUCAUGGCAAGGACCGCAAGAUGUGUUGAACUUGUCUGCAGAUAGUUACACAGCUCAGAGACUUGAGCAUGCCACACCCAACCAUAUCCACCUUACGUCCAGACGCACCUUCAUCGGACCAAUUCCGGAAGGAUGGCUGAAGAGUCACCGGAAGAGCUGGUACCAGCACCACCUCCACAUCAACUACUCCUCCCGCGCCGCGACAUUCUCCGAAGACCCCGCACAAGCUCGCCAGCGACGUCUGUCUGGUCUGGAAGGACCCAGUGCCUCGGUCCUGUAUGGUCACAGCUUUCCACAGCCGGACAAUCUAUCGCUGGAGGAAGAACCAGAAGAGGGUGACAAUGUCCAAGAAGAGGGUAGUGGACCUACUGUAGCCACGUCGAGUUCGCCUCCUGCCUUGGAAAUCCCUAGAACCUCCAGAAGACCAAGUGAGGCCGUUACGGAGGAUGGGGCAGACUUUGUGGACGCGCCGUCGGAGCCAGAAGAUGAAGCUACACCAGACCCCAUGGACCCAUCUCCUCGUCGACUAAAGACGCGCCGGGCAAGCUCGAAAUCAUUCGUGACCGCCUCCAGCAUCCCAUCCAGGGAACCAAGUCCGGAGCGGAGCUCAGAGAACCAAGACUCCAAUCGCCAUACUGGGUCGAGGGUCACACCGCAGCGGGGCGAGUCCCCAGGCAAAGCGGAGGGUAGUAUCAACCGAGUGGCAAGUUCAUUGACUCCUGAGCCUGCGGGAGAAGAGACUUCCACUUCUUCUUUACUGCGUAGGACUGACAGGAAGAAGGCCCAAGAGGAACCCGAGCCUCGGGCAUCAAGGGGCAUGAUUUCCAGGGUAAUGACCAGACGAUCACAGAACGGGUCUGCCGAGAGAACUCCACAACAUGAUGGCACAGAAGAAGACGUUAGCGCCAUCUCUCGAUCCAAAAGCCAUCUCCGUAACCUGGUUCAUUUCGACGUACCAGAAGACUCGAAGCGGGCAGAGCUACAGCUAAAGGCAAAAGCUGCGCAGAUGACCAUACAGCACGCUUCCACCAAAGUUCGAAGGAGAAAGGUAAAGGACGGUCUAGUGGUUAAAAUGGAGCGUAUGUUGAUUCGCGUGGACGCGACUGCAAAUGAAGUCCCAGAGGACUACGACGAGAACGGCAAUCAGAAAAUUGAAUCAAGAGUUUCAGAGAAAUGGCGAGAAUACAUGGUCGUGUGCCGGCAAAAUAUCUCAGAAGAUGCAGACUUUGUGCUUCAGAUGUAUAAGUCUCGGGUUAUUCCGGCGAUUGAAGCAGCUAAAACGAACAAACGUGCCAAGUUCGAAAUUCCGCUUGGCCGCAAGAUCACCAAAGUCAAUCUUUACUCCUCGCUAGACAAGUCUGUGGUGGUAUGGAUGCCCUCGUCUCGAGGUACCAAGAUAUUCAUCAUGCAGGCUCGCACUGCGUCUAAUGCAGUUGAAUGGUACACCUUUUUAAGAAAUAUUCUCGGCUGGCGACGAGCAUCCGAGCUUCAGAUCAGCAUCCCCGAUCUCAGCAUUAGUUUGAACAUUCAAAAUCCAUUCGAAAAGCUGGAAGCGUCACAGAACAUCGCCCAGGCCGCAGACGAAGGCGAUGAAGCCGCCAUUCUGAAGACCAUGCAGGAAGAACAGGCCGUGGCCAGAAACCUAAUUAAACGAUGCAUGUCAAUGCUGGGAGAAACGACAGAAUGGAGUGACAUCCUGGAGGCUUGGGCUAAAGAAAGGCGUAUGGGACUAGCCUGGAAGCGAUACGAUCGACUGGAAUGGAUUCACGGAGCCAACGAAAGGAAGAUGUACGGAACGAUAGCAAUGUCAAAAUCGCACGACCUAGAAUUGAGACCGAAAUCGCAUUAUCCUACCACAGCCAUCACUCGUAAGAAAAAGAAAACGUUGACAGAGCCUGCUCCAGUGGAAGGAUUUCUGAUACGAUUGACUUCACAGCGGGGUGUCAACAGGAAAUUAGGAAGGCUGUUCUUCAAGCGACUAUAUUUCUCUACCCACGAUCAGUACCUUGUGUUUUCGCUGCCAGCGAAAGCUGCUCCACCUCCUCCGCCAAAGCUUCCGGCAUCUGCAAAUUCCAGAGUUCCAACUGCUCACGAUAUUGCAGAAAACAUCCCAUUGAUUUAUGCUGUCGACCCAUUUCCUGUCCAAGACGGAGAAAUAGAGUGGUUGGCCUCUGGGCAUACUGGAACACCUGCGAAAGUCAAGCUCCAUGAUCGAGAUGCGCAGGAUGAGGCAGAUCGAAAAGCCCAGAUAUUGCUGAAUUGUGACGGAUACAUCAAUCUUUGCAAUGUCAUGAAGGUCCGAAAGGUGCACAAAGGGGAGACCCUAGCGGACGAAGACAUCGAAUCAGGAUCUGAUGUUGACUUCGACGCCGACGUGGGGGAUACCAGCCGUGACGACGGCACAACACAAGACUUUAACAAUGAUCGGACCUUCGAGUUGGUGAUGCGCAAUGGUUUGAUCGUCCGGCUACAGUCCUACAACAAGACCACCAAAAAGGAAUGGAUCAAGCGCUUGCGCCAACUCACCAAAUACUGGAAACUCCGCUGCGCGUCCGACAUCGCCCUCUACAAAUCCGUCCGCCACCAGAACCUCUCCAAGCUCAACAUCGACGAAGAAACCGAAGCCUACAUUGGCCAGUUCGCCCGCAAGUGGGAAGUAACCCAGUCCCACGCCUCACCCGAGCUCUAUAACCUCUGCGGCAUUUCCUGCUGCCGCACCAUUCACGUCUCCGGCGUUUUAUAUCGUAAACCCCGCAUCCACGCCGCCUUCCUGCGCUGCAGCGUCAUCCUCGCCGAGGGUCACCUCCUCAUCUUCCAAGAUGUCCUCCGCACCAGGUCUGGCAAGGAGCUCGCGCAUAUCCACCACGAGCGCGUUGCGGGCCUCGACCUCAAGGACUGCUAUAUCUACUCGGGCCUACUGACGGAGAACGACCUGCUCUACCAGAACCAGACGUUCGAUAACAAUAAACCUGGCCAUCACGCGCUGCCGCGGAUCUAUCUCGAAGACGGGUGGACGAGCACGGAUGAGGAUGUGAUGACGACGUUUGUCGUCUGGUAUGGAAAGUCUAAAGGAUGGUUCCGGUCUGAGGAGGGCGGCGGCGGUGGCGAGAAGGCUGCGAAUGAGGGGAAGAGGAGCCGGAUUAAACGUGUGACGAAGCUGGGGACUACGGGGAGGAGCGUAGUGUUCCGGGCCAGGAGUCGAGCGGAGAGAGAUCACUGGGUUUUGGGGAUUCAGAAUGAGAUUGAGAGGUUGCAGGGGGGUGCGGGGGAGGACUUCAGGAUUACGGAGGAGGAGAGUGGGUGAGGUUGUACGUGUUCUUGUACGCUGGCUGCUCGGUUUUGGGUAUUUGCAGUGGCGUUUAGCGUGAGCGAUAGGCGUUGAUGCGUGGGUGUAUACACAUACAGCUGGCGUCGCUGUGGUAUUAUUUCUAUCUUCCUUCCAAAAGCCACAGUAAUGCUAGGUCUAAUCUGAAUGUUCCAGUCC